UCUGCAAGCAAGCGCCCACCGCGUGAUCUGAUCUGGCUGACUGUUUCUGAAUGAUGAUAUUCAGAAAGAAAAAACAGGAACCGUCUGGAUAAGGGACCGAGCUAGAGGCCGCCUCUCAUUACACUGGGAAGGGAGCAAAUCCACGCAGUCAGUCCAUCUACAGAUGGCUUGAUUUCUUGCAGCUUUAUUUUAAUGCAAUUAUUUUCUAGCUAUAAGAGGCAGAUUUGACUCAGUAGUUCAGUGUUGGCUCGGAGGCGGCUGUCCUGAUGAAGUGUCGGCAGAGGGAGGAGGAAACCAGAGAGAGGAAGGAAACGACGAUAACGUCACGAAAAGCAGAAUCGGAGUAAAACGGACUGAAUAGUAUUGUAGGCUAUUUAAUGGCCAGCGCUGAGCUCAAUUGUGUUUGUUUACGUCGCGUUGGACAAAGAUGUUUUUGUUAACCUUUCGGGCGUGAAAAGGGGGGAUAACAUUUCGAGGAGGAAACGGCAACACGGCAGCAGCAGAUUUCAUCUUUUUUUCCAGGAGGCUCCACUAAAGCAGACAAAUGGAAAUGUGUGUAGCCCUUCUCCUGUUCGGAUUUGGAAACUAAUCGUGACACACGGAGCUUUAAGUGGAUCUUUUUUUUAAUGAGUGAAAAAUAGCUUAAUAGCUAAAUCCUCCACGGGAUUUUUUUUUGUUGGGGGGGACGUUGCUUUUUCACGGCAGCAGGACAAAAAAGCAGCAAAAUCAUCAGGAGAAUUAACAGGUAGCCACCCAUUAUGAGACGCUGUGACAGCCGCUGUAGGCCGGCCUGUGGAGGGGUGACGGCUCGGACAAAUCCAAAAUGAGUGAGCUGGAGCAGCUUCGCCAGGAGGCCGAGCAGCUUAGGAACCAGAUACGAGAUGCCAGGAAAGCAUGUGGAGAUUCAACCCUGACACAGAUAACUGCUGGUCUGGAUCCUGUGGGGCGGAUUCAGAUGCGGACGAGACGCACCCUCCGGGGCCACCUCGCCAAGAUCUACGCCAUGCACUGGGGCACUGACUCGAAGCUUCUGGUUAGUGCCUCUCAAGAUGGAAAACUGAUCAUCUGGGACAGCUACACCACUAACAAGAUCCACGCCAUCCCCCUGCGCUCCUCCUGGGUGAUGACCUGUGCGUACGCCCCCUCUGGCAACUACGUGGCCUGCGGAGGCCUGGACAACAUCUGCUCCAUCUACUGCUUGAAGACUCGCGAGGGCAACGUCAGGGUCAGCCGGGAGCUACCUGGCCACACAGGUUACCUGUCAUGUUGCCGUUUCAUCGACGACAAUCAAAUCAUCACGAGUUCAGGAGACACCACGUGUGCGCUGUGGGACAUCGAGACGAGUCAGCAGACCACGGUUUUCUCGGGCCACAGUGGCGACGUCAUGAGCCUGUCCCUGUCGCCCGACCUGCGCACCUUUGUGUCCGGAGCCUGCGACGCCUCGGUCAAACUGUGGGACAUCAGGGACAGCAUGUGCCGGCAGACCUUCACGGGCCACGAGUCGGACAUCAACGCCAUCUGUUUCUUUCCCAACGGCAGCGCCUUCGCCACGGGCUCUGACGACGCCACCUGCAGGCUGUUUGACCUGCGUGCGGACCAGGAGCUCAGCCUCUACUGCCACGACAACAUCAUCUGUGGCAUCACCUCCGUGGCUUUCUCGCGCUCCGGCCGCUUGCUACUGGCUGGUUACGACGACUUUAACUGCAACAUCUGGGACGCCAUGAAGGGAGACAGAGCAGGGGUCCUGGCCGGCCAUGACAAUCGUGUGAGCUGUCUGGGCGUGACAGAUGACGGCAUGGCGGUGAGCACCGGGUCCUGGGACAGCUUCCUCAAGAUCUGGAACUGAACCACGCUCAUAACACACACACACACACACACACACACACACACACACACACACACAUACACACAAACACACACACAGGCACACGACACACGCACACGCACACAUCUGACAGACACACACAGUUUGCACCCUGUAUUCACUGUAUGUAAGAUUCAACAGACAAACUGCAACAUUGUACUGUACAUAAUAUAUAUGACUUAGGUAUGAGUUUACACACACACACACACACACACACACGCUGUACACCUGAACACAAGCCCACACUACCUACAUCUGAUUUAAGUACAGUACCACACACACACACACACGCACACGCACACGCACACACACAUAUAAUCUGUAAAAUGUAAAAAUGUGACAAAAACAGUUGAAUCUUCAGCUGCUCAAAUAAAAAACAAACGCCACUAUGACCUGAAGCCUUUUAACACGUCUCUCACACACACACACACACACACACACACACACUUUUUCCUGAGAGACACUGCUCCUCGAGUUAAACAGGGGAGAAGACGUUAUUGGACAAUUCUGUCUUUGUUUACAAUGAAGUCCAAAAUGCACUUCAGACAAAUUUUUCUGUGCUAUUUUUGUCUCAGUACCACAUGUAUCUCGGCGAUGCUAAUGUGAAGGAAGAAUGGUUGUGGAAAGAGAAUUAACACUGAAAAAAACAAAAAACACUGACAGACAGGAUGAGCUGGCGAGUCCACGGAAAAUAUCAACUCUUAUUUUCAUCUGGCUGGAAACAUCAUGUAGUCACUGUUUUUAUAGAUAUGUACCCCCACAUACAGUACAUCUGCUCUUAAAAUUUUGUUUUAUUCUUUUUUUUUUUUAGACUUAUUUUAUUCAUGUUCUCCCUGUGUGCCUCAGAUACACUUUAAGGAUUAUUAAUAGAGAAUAUUGAUAAAGUUAAAUUAACAAAAAAGAUCUGAGAUUCAAAAGAUGGGUGAAAAAAUAAAAGCAUUAUAUAGACGCAUCUUAAUAAAGCAGGAGCCAGUAUUCAUACUUUGACUUUGUCAAUGUAUUAUCUGGACAUUACAAUGGUAUAAUUGUACAUAAUAUUAAUAAAUAAUAGCCUCUCCUGCCA